AUGAAACGAUACGGCGCACGAGGCGCCGAAAGGGCCUACAUCGCCGACGGCGGCGACCGGAAGGGCCAGCCUUCUAGCCGUCGCCGCGGUCGUGGCGGCCGAGGUCGUGGAGGCGGCCGCAACGGUGGCCGCGGCGGUCGAAGCGGUGGCCGCGGCGGUCGCAGCGGUGGCCGCGGCGGCGGCAACGGCGGGGGCGGCGGCGGCGUCGAGGAGAGCAAGGGAGAUGGAUCUGGAGGAGCAGGCGGCGGCGGCAGUGGCGGGGGCACGAGGUUCCCUGGCCGGUGCUACCGGUGCGGUCACGUCGGGCACCAGAUUGCUGACUGCACCACCGAGGAGAAGGACUUCAUUCCGCGUUGCGGGAAAUGCGCAGGGUGGGGUCACAAGGAGGACAAAUGCGCUACGGAGGAGGCUGUCCUGGCUCAAGUCGUGAGCUACGCGAGCGACGACGACUCCGCCACUGGCCAGGCAUUCUGUGCCGUGGCACAACCCCCAGGCGAGUGUGGUAUCGUUGAUCUUGGUCUAGUGGGGGUUGAAGAACUUGGCCAGGAUGUCAUGCAGUACGUGGCUGACACGGCAGCCACGUGCUCCAUGUUCCGAUGUGCGAAUGCCUUCGUGAACUACCUCAUUAAUCCUGGCGAUGCGAAAGCAGCCACCCCCACUGACAUCAACGACUACCACAACUCCCACCUGCACGCCCACGAGAAACUGCUCAGAGACACGACGAAGCAGCAGGGAGUGCAGCUGACGGGAGGACCGCUGCUACCAUGCCUCGGCUGUUCGAUGUCCAAGGGGCAGGUGAAAUCCGUCAGCACGAGCACAUCCACGCGCACAGUUAAGAAGCUGUUUCGCAUAUUCCUCGACCUAGGGGGAAAAACGAAGAUCGUAAGCAUCGGGGGCAGCCUAUACACCCUCAUUAUCGUGUGCGAUCACACGCGUUGGACGCGCGUAUUCUUUCUGAAGCGAAAAUCUGACGCAGCCGAGAAAUAUAAGCAUACCUUGGCAGACUACCGAGCUGCGGGAGUUCCGUGUGAAGUUUACGUCGGACGGACUGACGGUGGUGGCGAGUUUCAAGGGGCGUUCGCGGAUGUUUGCCGCAAAUACGGCAUCAAGCAAGAGUUUACCCCUCCUGACACGGCCAAGUACAACGGUGUAGCUGAGAGAGCGUUGGGGGUGAUCACUGAUGCCGCGCUCGCCGCGCGUAUCCAAGCUACGGCACUCUUCCCCGAUGCGCCCAAUACCCCCAAGGGGAAGAAGGCGGAGGUCCCCCGUCGCCCUCUUCGGGAGGGGGUGACUUCGGCGGUGGCGAUGACCCCGCCGACAAGCAGCAACAGCAACGACAGUAGUGGCCCCAGUGACGUCUCCAACAACCACGACGGAGGCGGCAGCGAGCCACUCAGCGGCGACUCGGGUGAUGAGAGCAGCGGCGGGAGCGAGCCCGUCAGCAGUACAUCUAGCCACGACGGCAGCAACGACGACGGUGACGGCAGCGAGGCCGUCGCCCCCCACUGCGAUGACGAUGGCGGCGGCGAGACGGGCGACCCCGGAAAGAACAAUGGUGGCGGCAAUGAAGGCGGCGACCCUGAGACGCUCGAGGAGUUGAAGUACGACCCCGCCGACAGCCGAUACUCGUCAGGAACGGAAGGGAAGAAGCUUCUUUGGGGAGCGUCGAGCGCCGGCCAGCUGCGCCAUGUGCUCCAGCCCGGCCGCACCCGGAAGCAGACCCGGGAGUUGCGGGGCUCCGAGGAAGAGCCGAGCGAGGCGCCAGUCCCCGAGGAGGCGCUGUUAUCAACCGUCCUGGAGACCGAGAACGGUCCGGAGAUCGUUGCGGAAUCUAUCCGCGAAUCGCUGUUGGAGGAGCGCAUGCAAGACGAGCAAGCGCACCGUGACGAGCUGAAGAAGCAGGUACAGUACGAUCUAGUGAAGGCGCUCCAUCCUGAUGCAGGGGAGCUGGAGCUGGCGUUCAGUGCAAACGAAAAGGACAACGGGUCUCCGCAACCACUCCUUGACCCAGAGCUAAGUGUUCCCUCGCCGAUCGGGCAGAAGCCUAACGAUGUAGAGGCUGUCCCGCUCACAUACAAAGAUGCGAUGGAUUUCAAGUACAAGGUGUUUUGGGAAGCAGCGAUGAUGAAAGAGAAGGGUGGUCUAGACAAGACGGGGACUUUCACGAAAUUGGAAAACUUCCCGAGGGGCGGAAGGCACCACCGAGAAGAAAAGAAGGUGUUCCGCUGGGACAUUAAACAAGCGUACAUUCACGCCAAGCUCAAAGAAGAGAUUUUUAUCAGGCUUCCCCAGGGUUGUGGUGAUAUGUCUGGCAAGGCGUGCAAGGUUGAGCGUGCACUGUAUGGCCUGAAACAAAGCGGUCGCGAGUGGGAAAAGUUUCCGGUGAAGGAUUUGGGAGAAUGCACGUGGUAUGAUGGGAUUGGCAUUGAAAUGGACCUAGAGAACGGCAUCACCAAGUUGUCCCAGACGGCAUACAUCGAGAGCAUCAUCAAGCGGUUUAACAUGACUACUACCGCCCCCACGCCUGCUGUCCCCGGCGCUGACCUAGGGCCGAAACGAGAUGACGAGCCCAAAGUGGACAAGCCAGUGAGGGAGGCACUCGGGUGCCUGAUGUGGGUGGUGCAUACGAGGCCGGACAUCGCUCUGCCGUUGAACAACAUCCAGAAGGUGGCUCACUCUCCCACCGAUAGGAUAUGGCAGGCGCUUCUGAGGGUCAUGUCUUACCUCAACGCCACGAAGGACCUGAGCCUCACCUAUGUGCGGGGGUCAGGGCUAGAUCUAGGAGUGUGGGUCGAUGCCAGCUACGUCGACGACGUUGUUGACAGGCGUUCGACGACGGGACUAGCCGUAACCGUGGGUGGUAACACGGUGAACGGAACCACAAAGACGCAGCGUGUGCCGGCGCAGUCAUCCUCGGAGGCAGAGUAUCUAGCAGCCGGGGAGGGAGUGAAGGAGGCGUUGCAUGUGCUUGCGGUUCUGUCUUUCGUAACGCCUGAGACAAGUGGGGCGAAGAUCAAGGUGNUGCGUUCGACGACGGGACUAGCCGUAACCGUGGGUGGUAACACGGUGAACGGAACCACAAAGACGCAGCGUGUGCCGGCGCAGUCAUCCUCGGAGGCAGAGUAUCUAGCAGCCGGGGAGGGAGUGAAGGAGGCGUUGCAUGUGCUUGCGGUUCUGUCUUUCGUAACGCCUGAGACAAGUGGGGCGAAGAUCAAGGUGCUUGAAGACAACAAGGGAGCUCUUGCCCUGGUGCAGAACCCCUUCAGCUCGUCGAGGAGCAAGCACAUCGACGUGCGGUACCAAUUUAUCCGCGAGCUCUUCAAGUUGGGGAAGAUCCCCGCAGAGUGUGUCCCGACGGACGAGCAGCACGCCGACAUGCUGACCAAGGUACUUGGUAGGACCAAACUGGAGUACCACCGGAAGGCCCUGAUGAACCUUCCGGAGUAG